AUGUGCGGUGAACUGGUCGCCAUGGGCGCCCUCAAGGAACUGACACCGAGCACAGCGCAUGAGCGGGGGCACGGCGAACUCAAGUCGAUGCGCACCAGCAUGCGCCACCUGCGCCAAGGCGCUGCACAGGCCGUGCUCACCGAAUUGCUGCAUCUCGCCCGCCAGCGCGGCUACGCGCGGGUGAGCCUUGAAACCGGCAGCACCCCGGCGUUUGAACCGGCCAUCGCCCUCUACCGGCGUUUUGGGUUUGUGCCAUGCGGGCCGUUUGCGCACUACACGGAGGGGCCGUUCAGCCGGUUCAUGACACGGGAGAUGGUUGGCGAUUAG